UGUUUCAGGUGAUGAUGUGUGCAGUGCUUCAGGUGAGGAUGUGUGCAGUGUUUCAGGUGAUGAUGUGUGCAGUGCUUCAGGUGAGGAUGUGUACCAGCUGCAGUGUUCCUCACCACCUCCUUCUUUUCCCCAUCCUCAUGUUCAUCACAGUUCCUGUAUCAGCUGUCACUACUGUAAAGGUGGAGUUUAAUCAGGCUGCUGCUCUGCCCUGUAAUCGAACGUGUUCUCAUCAGGUCACAUGGACUCUGUUCACUGAUCCAGAUUAUGUAGUGGCUCAGUGUGAUCAGACAUCCUGCAGGUCAGAAGAAGGAUUUAACAUCUCCCAUGAUCUGUAUCUGAAGGGAGAUCUGACCCUCACCAUCCCUGUAGCUGAUGACAGUAAGAGGAACAUAUACACGUGUCGGUGUGAUAACAAAGGCGUUAAAGAAGUGCGUCUCAGCAUCGAGUCCUUCAUAUCAUCAGUUCAGGUGAAUCCUGGUGAAGAUCUACAGCUGAAUUUGCACAUAUCAGACCAAGUGGAGGUGAUCUUUAAACACAGAAAUUCAACAGAUCCACAUGGUGUACAGAUCUGCAGUGUGUAUAAAAGCUCACUAGACUGUACAGCUGAAUACACACAGAGAACAUCACUCACUAACACACUUCUUACACUGAGAGGAGUAAAGUGGACUGAUGAUGGAGUUUACAUCGUCACAGACACAGAGUAUAAGGAGAACCUUCAUAUUUCCUCAGUAACAGUAAGAGAUCAGAACAAAGAUCAGGUGUCUGCUCUACCAGUGUGGGCGAUCUUCCUGAUGGUGGUGUUGGGGCUUCUGGUUGCUGCACUGAUUGUGUUAAUCUCGUACCUGAGGAAAACAUAUCACUUUAUCCGAAGAGAUGAUAGGCCCAGGAAUGGAGCAGGAGAACAUCAGAGCUCUAAUGGUGCAAUAAAUAUGAACCUAAUGGAGAACCAAAGAAUGUUAAGACAGAGUGAGAAUGAAAGUGACUGAGUAGUAACAGAGGGAAGAGACUUGUAAGUACAUACAGCAUGAUGCUGGAACAAUGAGAGAUCAAAACUCAAAUGGGAGCACAGGAAUAAAUGACAUGUAUCUGGAUCUACAGCUUUCUCCGUCACUUUGUGCUUCACAACAACUGAAGAAUAUGACCUGACUACAGAAUCUGCUCAGAUCCUCACACAAGUUGUAAGUUCUAGAACUGACAACUGCAGCUCUCUUUUGGAAUCAGACCCUGGUUUAGAUGUUCACACCUCAGGCCUUCAAACGCAUGGAAUAUAGUCUGUCCUUUGGGAUCUGCUUCAGUCCUGGUUCCUCAGCAGUCGGAUGUGUGUCCACCUUCCAUACGAACAGAACCUUCUUCACAAGUGAACCUCCUCCAAGAACAGAAUCUGUUCAGAAGGCAUCAAUAUCACAUGCAUCUCUCUGCACUGACAGUUAUUAUUUCCAGAUGCUAUGUUUAAUGAUAGUCAGAAGAACUGCAGUACUGAUUUGCAGUGAUACUUCAUUAUAAGGGGAUGAGUGCCAAACCACAGCAGCAACAGAACUAAAUGCCCCCCUUCAGCAUGACAGAAACACCAGACUCCAUGUCAUGUGUGGAGAACAAACUGAUGGUCAACUCAUCCGACCAGAUCACAGAUAUACACGUCUAUGUAGACCAGUGUGUGGAUUUUAUUUGUUUUCUAUUUUCUGUGUUGGGACAAGAGCUGUGUUUUAACUCAUGACUGACCUGCACAGCAAGCCAAAAUGGAGAAGGGAAUAAUAUUGGAGAAGUUGCUUUAAAUAAGGACAUUCGCUAAAUAAAAUGACUUUAAAUGUCUGCUGUAAAACAGCGAAAAAAUUUCAUUGAAUCAUGUUUACAGUUAAAGUGCUGCUGCUGUACACCAAGACACACCACUGGAUGUAUGUUACAUUAAUAUUAGAGAGUAUGUAAGACCUAAAAUACUGACAUUCACCCGAGGUACCAUUACACCUGGGCCAGUACACCUGCAAACACUAACUCAGUAAUACAGGUGGAAAAAAUUGCCAGUUCAGUUCUAUAAUGGAUAUAAAAAAGUCUACACACGCCCUUGCUGCUGAAGUACCUACGCUGCACUUGCCUUGUCUCCACAGAGAUGUUUGCAACAUCUCCACUCGCUGUGUAAGGCAUCACAACCAAUCGAGACCUUGUUUGACCCUGGUUAAAUGGCACAAUCCCUAACCUCAGACUGGCCUGUAGAAAAGUUUACUUUUCUAUGAAAUCUUAAGGGAUAAAUUUCAGAGAACUCUGAGCAUCACUAGGUCUAAGAAUUAGUGUCGAUCAGGAGUCUUAUGGCUUGUGAAUAGAAGCAUUCUCCUUGAUGUUAUUCCCUACAUUUUGUAAAGCAGAUUUUUUAUCUGGU